AUGCCUGCGGGGAGUUCGGAAGUGCCAAGACUAGCCCUGCAGCCAUUCACCCUCACACUCGCCUCCACACUCGCCUUCACCACGGAUUGCUACGACCAUCACCACCACCACCACCACCACCACCAACCACCACCCCCACACAACCCCGCCAUGUCUGAGCGAAAGGUCCUCUCCAAAUACUACCCCCCCGACUUCGACCCCUCCAAAAUCACCCGCCAGCGCGGCCCCAAGAAUGCCGGCCCCAAGGUCCAGACCGUGCGCCUCAUGGCCCCCUUCUCCAUGAAGUGCACCCACUGCGGCGAGUUCAUCUACAAAGGCCGCAAGUUCAACGCCCGCAAGGAGACCACCGACGAAAAGUACUACGCCAUCGCCAUCUUCCGCUUCUACAUCAGAUGCACCCGCUGCUCCGGCGAAAUCACCUUCAAGACGGACCCAAAAAACAUGGACUACGAGUGCGAGCGCGGCGCCAAACGCAACUUUGAGCCCUGGCGAGAGGCGAAGCUCGCCGAGGAGACGGAGGAGGAGCGCCUCGACCGCCUGGAGAAGGAAGAGGCCGAGCGAGACGCCAUGAAGGAGCUCGAGACCAAGGUCAUCGACGCCAAGACGGAGAUGGCCAUUGCCGACGCCCUCGACGAGAUUCGCUCGAGGAACGCCCGCAUCGCAAAAGCAGAGCAGGACGGCACCACCGCGACCGUCGCGCCGCCCCCCGACGAUGCAGACGCGCGCCGGCAGAAGCAGGAAGAGGACGACGCCGAAGCAGCGCGCAGAGCCUUCAGCAGCCGCGAGAUGCCAGACCUGGGUGAAGAGGUCAUCGACGAGGACACGCUCGACGAGCCUGUCGAAGCCACCCCCGUCGCCGUCUUCAGCAAGAAGCCAAAGGAGAAGAAGGACUUUGGCGCCGUCCUCGGCAUCAAAAAGAAAGCACCUGCGCCCGCUGUCUCAGCACCCGUCAAGGUAGCACCCGUCAAGGUAGCACCCGUCAAGGCAGCACCCGCCCCGAGCACGCUGUCCACGAUGCUCGUAGCGGGCUACGACAGCGACGAUUGA